AUGCUGAAGCUAUCGCAGCUGCUCGACGCAAAACGGCGCGAGAGCUUCGACACCAUGGGCGACCUCUCGCCGCUCUCUCGCCAGCCACCUCAGUCUCCAUUGACCGCGUCGACUCCAGUCUCACCCGCCGUGUCUUUGUUUUCCGCAAAGGGCCACACGCGCUUCUCAAGCUCCGCGUCCUCGCUGGUGUCAACCCCUGGCCAUGGCAAUUCCAUGGAUAUUCCCUCGCGGAAUCCCUUGACAGGUGUUAAAGAAGAAGAACCCUUCGUGUCACCGGCCAGAGAUCUAGAGGAGGAAUAUUUCCAGCACUUCGACCAAGGGUUGUCUGUCGCUGAAGAGUCAUACCUUUCGACGGUCUCUACUUGCGACGGCUACGACUUGACCGAUGCUGGUAUGGACACGAUCCAUUUUCCCAAAAAGAGGCGCUCUGACAAUGCCUCUGCAAACGGUCUCUCUCGCAUUGGCUCCCGCAUAUCCACCAUAUCGAACCGUUGGCGCUCCAAACGAGUAUCCGACGACCCCGACGGAGAGUCAUUCUCACCGCAAAUGCGUUCCAGAACUAACUCGUCCGCCUCGGUAUUCGCUGCUAGCCCAACUACCGCCGGGCCCAUGAAUUGGGGUGAUUCUGCCCAGGUUCCUCCCUCCCCUGCAAGGACUAUCUUUGAAGAGCGCCUUAGCGAGUCAGGCGCGCGUCCAAUAGACAUCGCCAAAGCAAACCAGCAGGCUCUCAAUGAUGAUGAGUCAGUCCCGCAAGCUACUACUCCUUUACUCCCCCCGUUCAUGGGCGACGAGUCGACAUAUGCAACCGCUUCCCAAAUACACUCUCCCUUACAAUCACCUUCCGUUGCCGACGUCUCAAACGCCAGUCCAGAUACACAAUCGAAUCCUCGCCUAGCCGGUCUUCCAUCACCUCCGUUGUCCACAAAACCUUCAAUUGCCUCUUUCAACCGGCCACGAGCGAACACGGUCCGAACAGUAUCCGGAGAUGUCCCUCCGUUGACCCUUUCCGAUCCAAGCGACGAGUGGGCCAUCCAGCUCGGUCAUGCCAACUUCACGAUCCAACCAGAGCCCUAUGUUCCGGAAGUCUACGACAUCGAUUCGUUCCAGCAAUUGCGGAGCCAAUGGGACCUGGCGCAGUGCAACUUCACUAAGCAUUUAGUCCGGACCGGAGAGCAUUACGGAGUUACCUCGAAGAUUUACAAGUUGACGCAGGAAAAAUGGGAGUCGAUUAACCGCGAAUGGAAGCGACAUUACGAGGCGAUGCUUGCUCAACUCGAGGCAUUGGACGGGCCGAUACUGAGCAUGAUUGAAUCGCACCGCGAUCCGUGCGAACAAGUCAAGAUUCCAACGCUGAACGACAACAAGUUCCCCGAGUUGGGUGAUGGCGAGAUCGUCGGCCCCAUGAAGAUCGCACCGGCAACCGGACAAUGUCGAAAUCGGUCAUUGAAGCGAAAUUUCUUCAAAUUCUUCCAAGACCUCGUCUCGCGCGUCUAG